CCCAACCUCCCCCCUCCACACCCCCAUCAUCAUCAUCAUCCUCGAAGUUGUCAUUCACUUCUGCUUCGACGUUUAAGUUCCGUCUCGAAAGUAGCUUCUGUCGCUGUCGUUGCUAGCCGCCGUCGCCGCUGCUGCUGUUUGUACAAGAUGUGCCGGUGACGACCACCUUAAAGAGGGGCAUCCCUUGGAAAGCCAGCGCAGGUGACAACCCUUGAACCUGCGACGCCUUCGCCGCUUUCAUUGGACCUGCCAACGGCUAGCGACACCUUCGCCAAGGGCUGCAGUUUCAUUGGACGGCGGUUGCCCCUGCCAACCGCUAGCCACGCUUUCGCCACUUUCAUAAGCUCCGUAAUUAAUUAAAUAAUGGCCAUUACACAGUGUUGUUGGCGCGCUAGGGGGGGGGGGAGGAACGCCACCCGUACCCUGCCUCUUCCAAGUCGACAAUUUUAGGCGAGGCCGCAGGCUUUGCACGCUACUAGGCCCCGACACCCACCACGCCACUCUGAGGUCGACUCUGCCUCAAACGAGUAACUGCUGUGGCGUAUUAACAUCGCCACUGGGGAGACAAAGGCGGCCGGCCGUGGUGGAUACAAGUCCCGGGCGAAGCCGGGGGAACGGUCGUGUAUCGAUUAGCACCCUGCGCUACGAAUCCGGUGACCCGAGUUCGAUUCCUGCUCACGACCAACACCGGUGACGAAUAUCUGGACCGGUCCUGGGCCUCCCCUGGGCGUGAUCUCCAAAGGAGCGACAGCUAUUGGGAUGGCGGGCUGGCCGGGGAUGUUCGUUGCUGCCGCGGCCCUGCUCUGCCUCACGCACCCGGGCUCCUGUGUACGCGGAGAGGCCUUCUUCUUGGGGCGCCAGUGCAGCGUCGUCGGCGACGUGGCCGACUGCUCGCGACGUGGCCUCACGGCCGUGCCGUCCGGGCUGCCGCCCUCCAUCGCCCAGCUGGACCUGUCUCACAACCGCAUCGAAUCGCUGUCAGCCGACGACUUUUCCGACGUGCCGUUGCUUCGCGUCCUCAACCUGGCCUUCAACCGCGUUCGCGACAUACAUCCCGGGGCUCUGGCACACAUCGCUCUCCUCCAGCACUUGGACCUCUACCACAAUGAGCUGCUCGAGAUCCCCGCGGAAGCCGUGGGCAACCUCCGCCUGCUGCAGGUCCUCAACAUCGCCAUGAACAACUACACGUCUUUCGUGCUGGGCGGAGCGUUUGCAAAUCUGCACACCCUCAGGUCGCUUACUAUCGGCACCGCUCGCACGGACGUCCUCAAUGCGUCGGACUUCACGGCACUGCAGAACGUCAGCGUGACGCAUCUGAACGUCCACACAGGCUCUCCGCUCAUGAAGUUCGAACCAGGAGUGCUCGCCCCGUUUAAGAUGCUCCAGAGCUUCCGAAUGAACUUUACCGUCGAUGACGACCCGGUCAUAUUUUCCAAGGUUCUCCUCGAUUUAAAUAAAACGAAGGUUUCCGAGUUUCAGACAGACCGAGUGCUGCUGAAUCCUGUGAAAAAUAUGUCCAUUGAUUUCUUUUAUGGCCUUGAAAAGUGCUCUCUGCUCAGAAACCUCACACUCGUUGCUGCCAACUUCACAGACCAAGAAAUAACGAGCCUGCUGAAAAACGUCUACUUGUCUCAGAUCACGUCUGUCGAGAUAACAAACUCCUCGUACACGGAUAAAAACGUCGUCUCAUUCUUCGGCCUUAAGAAUGUGACCAAACUAUCGCCUCUUGAGAAAGUAACAAUCAAUCAGAUUUUUCACCUGAACAUGACCUACCCAAAGUUUGCUAUCAAUUUCACACUUUUUCCAUCCUUUUCCAAACUUAAAAUAUCCCACACUGGCAUGAACAAAGUGGAGUGUUUUUUCAUGAAACUCAAAUUUAUCACUUGGCUCGACUUCUCAAGCAACCUCCUCGACGAGGAAGGCCUCUGGUGGACAAACUGCAAAUAUACAAUCAUCCUUCCACGCACCACUGAACUUUACAUCAGCAAUAACAAGUUCACGGAUCUGCAAAUUAUAUCCAGCAUGGUGUCUCUAAUGCCAAGCAUUAAGUUGUUGGACGUUGGUUACAAUUAUAUCACUGACAUUGACGACUGCAGUUGGCCUCCAACUCUCGAAACACUGAUCCUGCGGAACAAUGACAUCAGCAAAGAUUCCCGCAUCUGCACAUCGCCGCAGCUGAAGGUGUUAGAUCUUUCUUACACGCGGAUGGAGGCUGUGCCCUAUUACAUCCUCGAUGAUGCAAAGUCCUUGAGAGAGCUGUAUCUGACGGGCAAUAACAUCCACUACAUCCAGCCAGAAAUACAGUCCUCAUCCCUGCAGGUCCUGCACGUUGACUACAACACGCUGGGAAUCAUAACUAAAGGGACAUUUCAACUCCUUCCGAAAAUCAGGGCCCUCAAAUUGGGAAACAACCUCUUUUAUUGCAUGUGCGACCUUUACUGGUUCCGCCAGACAUUUGAUAAAUCUCUCUUGGUGGAUUGGCCUCAAAAAUACGUCUGCAGUUAUCCAGAGAAUCUGGCAGAGAAGACUCUGGAUUGUUUCAACCCGAGCAUUGUAUCCUGCGACAAAAGGAUCGCGAUCGGACUCAGCGUUGUGAUCACGGCGGUGGUCGUAGCGUUGGUUUUGGGCCUGGGUUAUUACUUCGACGCCGUCUGGUACAUAAGGAUGGGCUGGAUAUGGGUGGGAGCCAAGCGGAGGGGCUACAAGCACGUAACAAGUGGGGAAGCGCCCCCCUUUGAGUACAACGCGUUCAUCUCCUACAGCCACAUGGACUCGGACUGGGUGGAAGGAACUUUGGUACCGAGGCUCGAGAACUCGGGCUCCAACCUGAAGCUGUGCGUGCACGAACGGGACUUCACCCCGGGGGAGUGGGUCGUGGACAAUAUCAUUCGCUGCAUCGAAGGGUCCUCCAAGACACUUUUCGUCCUCUCCACGAACUUUGUGAAGAGCGAGUGGUGCCACUACGAGCUCUACUUUGCGCAGCACCGCAUAAUGGAGCAGCACCAGGACUCGCUCGUGCUGGUCCUGCUCGAGUCGCUGCCCAAAAACUCGCUGCCGAACAAGUUCUGCAGGCUGCGUCGGCUCCUCAACAGAAAGACCUACCUGGAGUGGCCGGCAGAGGAGAGCAAGCAGGCCAUCUUCUGGGCCAGCCUGCAGGCCAUACUGCAGACGACCUCCAGUCCCACCAACCCCGUGACAUAAGGCCACAAUAGUUCUCAACUUGUUGGUCUAGUGGCCCAACGGCCCCCAGAAAACUGGGCCCCGCUCUCCCCCCACCCCACCACCCACCAUCUGUGGGGGUCGCUGGCCCCAGAGAUCCCUCCCUCUGUACCGCUAAUGGCCGGGUUAACCUCAUUAUUAACCUCAUUACUCGCCCCCUCGCUACUAGGCGAACCGCUGUUGGGUUCUUCACCCAUGGGGUGAGAGCCGUCGCUCGAGGAUUCCCCUCCCCCGCGGGUCCGCGUAAUAGGCAUGGUUAAUUACGUACGUGCACCCCCACACACAGCUCUGCGCGGCACUCACUCAAUACAGACCACUCACGUUAGGAUCGCGCACCUGUAUUAUGCACGUAGUGAACGUGCGCGCACACACGCAUACAGCUCCACACGCGAUACCCACUCUUGCGCCGCUCUGCGCAGCGCUCGCCGCCUGCUGGCCGCUUACGUUAUGAUCGCGCACCUGGGGUACGCCGAUUACGCACGCCGCGAGCUUACGCACACACAGUACCACACGUGUUCCCACACGCUCACACUGCACGACAAGAUCACGCGAGACCACGCUUCGCUAUUAAUCAUUUAUUACCUGGUAACUAAUGUUGAAUCAGUGAGUCGACGAGGCUGGCCUAUUCCACUAAACCGGCACCUAUUCCCUAUUUAUCGGCUAUGAUUCUAAUUCACCUUCUUACUCACUGUUAAGUGUC